AUGGGAGUGUCGCUGGGAGCACCAGCCGCUAAAGGCACGACUGCUGCCGGCUUAUGUGCGCGAGCGAAUGCCGCUGCGGCCACCGACCUCGUGCGGCGUUAUGUGCGAAUGGGGACUGUGAUGCUCCUUGGCUCGCUUGCGCAGCCGCGCAAAGUCCGAUUCGAAUUUGAGCGCUGCGUAUCCGUGGGGACGGUGAUGCCCGACGUCGCGUCCGCAAGCGGCGGCGGCGCGAGCGGCAGCGGAGAAGGUGCAGUGGAUGCGCUGCUGUUGUGGGACGUGUUUUUGGGUGACGCGCUUUUCGAGCGCACGGUGUGCGACGCGGUGCAGCUGUUCGCGUCGCCCGACUGCUCGGGUUCUGCAGCGGCAGAGUACCAAAACACGGUUUACCACACAAGGGACAUGAGUACGGUCAAGAUGGGCGCAUCAGUGAAGUCCAUCCUACUGCUGCCAUAUGUGCCCUGCACCUGCUCCCAUACGUCCCUCCCAUGCGUCCCUCCCAUACGUCCCUCCCAUGCAUCCGUCCCAUGCGUCCGUCCCAUGCGCCCCUCCCCCCUGUAUCUGUGUGAGCAGUACGGUCAAGAUGGACGCAUCAGUGAAGUCCAUCCUACUGCUGCCAUAUGUGCCCUGCACCUGCUCCCAUACGUCCCUCCCAUGCGUCCCUCCCAUGCGCCCCUCCCAUGCGCCCCUCCUCCCUGUGUCUGUGUGAGCAGUGCGUUCAAGAUGGGCGCAUCUGUGAAGUCCAUCCGCUGCGUUCUCGUCAUGCCUCUCUCCCCAUUCUUUCCCCCAUCCCUCUCCUCCCGUUCUUCCCCCCAUGCCUCUCCCCCCACCCCAUGCCUCUCCCCCCAUUCUUUCUUCCAUGCCUCUCCCCCCAUUCUUUCCCCCAUCCUUCUCCCCCCAUGCCAUUUCCUCCCAUCCCAUCCCUCUCACCCCUUCCUCCCAUGUGAUCCAGACGACAUCUGCAGCCGUAUCAA